CACAGAAGUAAUAGUUUCACGCUCCAACUGUUAUUCGACUGCCAAGCUCAUUAUUUAACGCCAAGGUCAUUAAUGGCUUUCGUAGUAUGCAUUCCUGCAUAACAUUUCGGCAUGUAUGUGUUGUUGCUUCAAUACUUCCACCACUUGCAUUAGUAAUAUGUGUACUAUGGUGUCUUGCUACAAGCUCUUGCAUUGCAACACACUGCACGGAUUCUAAUCUUCUACCGUCUUUAAGCGCAGCGGUUGGGGAAGAUGAACCUCAAAAGACUAUAUGGCGCUUCUCCAUUUUCAGCAGUUCGGCUUGGAGGAUGUUGAUUUUAGUAAAUAGUUGUAUGAAUUUCUGGACUUUUUUUAACUCACUCAGUAAUGGAGAUUAUUUACAUUUUGCUGCUUUGCUGUGUCUUUCCAGUUUUGUCGAAAUAUUUGCGCUGAAUAUGCUGACAGUGUGGUCUUCAUCGGACAACUUUAGUAAGAAUGAGAUAACUAUAUAUUUUUUCAGCCCAGCAUCGUAACUACUUUUGCAUCUUUAUUAUGUUCUCUGUGAUCUAUAUGGCAGCUGAUGUUUAUUCAACACAAUUAAUCGUUAGAGACCUGCACAGCGUCUUCCUGGUAAGAACUAUUUUGAUAUGAGUUCGCGUUUCAUCACAAUCUCCCACAAUAAAUUCGUAAUUGCCCUGAUUUUUCGGGCCCUACGCUGAUUGCUCUGAGUGUCAACGGGUGCAAUUUUUGAUUGGCAAGUAGUGUUUCAGGAAUGACGUUGCAGUCUAAUAUCUUUAUACGAGCUAGUGUAAACUAACUGAUUUCUUCGCACUCGCUUAUAGGUCUUGUGGAACGAUUCCAUGUCUUUGGCGGUCGAAUGCCAAAGUGGUUGUUAACUCCAGGUGCGAUUCGAAACUUGUCUGUUUACAGGGAAAAAGUUUAGUUGAUACAAAUGCUCAAGGUAUCUGUGGUUUAGCAGACUGCUAUUGAAACUCAGUUAUGAUUGCAUUCGGAAUAAAGAUCUAGUUGAUGAAAUAGGAACCGGUGGUAUCGGGAUUAUUUACCCGACGAAGUAUAAGCUGAGGUGAUUCAGCGCUCUUUUGACCGGGAUGGUAAGCCAUAGCUGGAUAGAUAGUCUGAUUGUUGUAAAAGGGAGUUUACACCACGCAAUCAUAGUAGCUUGGCAAAGCCUAUGGGUGUCGAAGUAGGGAUAAGAUAUCGGAUGGGUUUCGUAGGUAGUCUGGUAGAACGCGGGGUUGACAACAUCAAAAGCUGUCGGUUUGAACUCUGUCGCGACCGAGGUUUCCCCUUCAACAACCACUGCUCGUCAACGAUGUUCAGUUUUUCUCGAAAAUACACCACAUCCUUAAGUGCACCCAACGUUUUUAUUCACAUUUCUGUACAAACCACGCAUAAAAUAUUUAUGUUGAGAAUCGGCUUCGAUUGUAUGUGGGACUAAACAAACGCUUUUCUGGGGUAAAUUUGCCGGAAUUCUCUAACGAAUCAAAGGUAUUCGUAUAGUUACCUAGGCUGCAUUAUUCAGCAUUCUUUACUGAUAUGACAACUUUUUCAAGUUGGGAACUUAAGAAUUCAGAUGCCUUCGUUUGCGCUUUAUAAAGCGAAGUGACAGUAGAAAAGUAACAAAGGGGUCAGGCGUUACAAAUUGUUUAUUUUUAUAAAUAACAGCAUAUUUGCAGUUUUUUCUGGCAACAGCUUCUUGCAGUUUCCGCCUCCAAAGGGAUAUUUUUCUUUUGUUUCCUUGCAUGACAAAGUAAUAUCCUAAUGCAGCAUACCAGAUCUUGUUUCUUAACUAUCAUACUUUAAAUAUUGUUGUCAAUUAUUCACUAUGAAUAGGGAAGUCGCAAGUGCUUUACCCAACCAAGUACGUAGCAACAUUGAAUUCCCUUCCAAAGUACUAUGGGAUUAAACUAAACGUAUUAAUCGGAAGUGCCCAUCACAUAUUCAUCCAUUUAUAUUCUGAUGAAGGAAUAUGAUCGUUAACUCUCUGCAUCUCAAGUCUUAUUAUUGAAACGUAGCUUUGACUUAUCUGUGGUCCGCAAUGCACUAUAUCAGACAGUUCCCAUUAUCUACAAGAUAUCCUCAGUGUGCCACAAAUGAUCCGACGUUAAACAUUGUUUAAUUGGCUUACUGAUACGAAAAAAAGCAUUCAUCUACUUGUGCAUUUUAGGACGUAAUUAAAAAUGCUAACAUCAAUGCGAUAAAACAUUGGUUUUUCCUUUAUGCCUGGGCCAUUCAUUACUAGGGCUUUAUUAUCAAGAACAAUUUAUUUAAAAAAUAACCAGCUUUGCCGAUGUUUAUAACAAAAUCAAAAGGAAGAACUGAAAUCAUUGAAGUAAUGAGUGUAUGGGAAGGGUGCUUCUUAACACUUACUACAUCAGAGAUGAGAUAAAGACAUAUAUGUAAGAAUAAAACUCCUUUCACUAUGACACAGUUACAACCACCCACUUCCGAUGAUUUAGUUAAACCAUCAUCGCAGACCGAAGCACAGCACUAAAAGUGUUCACUCACCGUGACAACGGCUGCAAUCAAAUCUACCGGAGACUAACUGAAAGAUAAAUAGUGACUAAUUGAAGUGGAAAAUGAGGCAGUUACGAAGACCUGAGGGUUUUACGCUUAAUGGUUAUAUCAAGUAAGCGACGAUGCACGCAAAUAAUUAUGCUACUCAGGAAGCAGCUUGUCGACUGGAGUGACAGCCAUGAAUAGGAUAGUCACUAAACGAAGGUACUCAAAAUAAUUUCUACAAAGAUAGCACCUACCACAGUGACCUAUUUUUAAGCUGUUUGUUUCCCGACAUUGUCGUGAUUUGGAGAUCGGUUGAAAAGUAGUCGAUGCAAUAAAAAUUAUUCUCUUUUUGUAAAUGAUAUAUACCAUACUGGUAUCAGAGGUUAAAAAAGUGUUAUCACCGAAUAGUACGCUGCCUGACCACUAAGUAUGCCACCCUCCAUAACGUUGGUCUAAAGAACAUUUUCAUUUCGUUGACAACAGUAAGAUACGACUUUAAGACAUCUAGUACUUUAGUAGGGAAGUGUUGUAAGGGGCACCGAGCAUUUUUUUUUGUACGGUUCUUCAGGAAUCCAUCACUAAUUUACUGUUUCCAAAUGCUUAAAUAUGUUGACUUCCAUUGUGUAAGAAGUCCAGCACAAUUACAGUAGCUUAUAGAUCUACCAUUAUCAAUCUCACUCGUAUUUGUUACUUGUCAUUAUCCACUUGACAUUUACAAUCUAUUUAAUAUUUUAGUUAGUGGUUGUUGCUUCUACUUAAAUCCAACAUAAAACCUUUCUAGGUCUUUUAAGAAAUCUGUUGCAUACACAGUGUUUGACGUCCGAAGCUGAACACUAGAAUGUGUGACAAGUUCACUAAAAUUCUAAUAUUCCAAGUAAUAAAUGCAUGUUGUAGUUCAUAGACAUUGAUAAAAAAAAAUCUGAUUGUGAGUAUUUAUUUGAUUUCCUGUAAGCUGCUGUGAUUAUCGUAUACGAUUCGCUUUUUGUAGACUGGUUUCCAUGCAGUCACAGGUGUUAGGAUUGUACCGAUUUUCAAGAUCACUCCUGCAGUGGACACCAACUGAUAGCCUUAUUUGUGUUGUGUGACUAAAUGUUUAUUUAAGAACUUGGAAAGAUCGUAACAUAUAUGUUCCUAUUUCUAGUUUCCAUUUACACGCUGCAGUAAAACUUUGAGGAGGAUAACUUGUACCAAGAACUGUCAAUAUUGCAACCGAAGACCGAAUUUUCAAGUAUAGCUGUAUCAGUGGCUAACUUCAUAACGCAUUAAGAGAUCGUAUUCAGUAGAGUUAUUCCUCUACUGAAUCUUCUCAAAUUCAAUAUCAAAGGUACAGUGCAACAACUCGACCAUGUACUUCAAAAGUUUCUAUGGAUGACGAAAGAAUGAGGUAAUACAUAAUUAUCAAAGACAAUUCUGUCUUACUGGUUGUGACUGUUCACCGAACUAGUUUCUAUAAAACAACGGGUCCUUACAUGAUGAUCAGAAAGAAGUCAAAUUAUUCAAUGUAUUAUUCAUUGUUGACCGACACCUGAAUUAGCAAACGGUAAUACUAGGCAGCUCUCAGGUAUAAACAAGGGUUUAUUGAUCAAGUCUUUUCUCUUCAUUAGAUUGCCAAACAAAAAUACCCAAUUGGGCUAACUGAUAGCCCGUAUUUCCCGGCUAGAAAAUAGACCUGGAUUUGGCGACGCCACUUCUUCAUAGUAUUGAGCAGGUUUCUCAUGCUUCUACAGAUUUUCUAAUCUAACUUGUGCUGUCAUGUUAAGGGCUUACGGAAGGUAUGAGGUACAAACAACCAAUGUUUCCCACCGUGGAUACCCAUUAUCAGUUUCGUUAUUGACAUACUACUGGGAAUAACUGCUUUCAUCCCAUGAUAAUAUCAUCUAUACUGGGUUACUCAUGAUGCAACUGUGAAAUAUAUUUCUUGAUAGUAACACCUUUAGGAUCCACCGUAUCUUUUGCCGACACGGAGGUACGUCACUUUUUCAGGGUCUUUAGAUGAGAGUUGUCCAUUAAUGCUCUUUGAAGGUACAAUAUAACCGGUCUCGUCUUGCUGGGAGGUGACACUUAGGAAACGACAGUCAACAAUUUAUGUUAUGUAUGCUAUCUAGCAUAAUGUCCAAGCCUACUUCUGUUAAUUGGUAUGUCUUACAUGUACCAAGCGUUCACGGUAGAAUUUAGUUGUUAUCGAUGUGUUAAAGGCACAUCUCGUCUGAGCAUUCGUUGAUCAGCGGAAACAACAAGAACUAGUGGUUUGGUGAAUAUUUAAAAGUUGGAUGAAUAUAUCAACACGGAACGCAGUUUUAUCUUAGUAUGUUCAACUGUAAGCGGUUCCGGAUACAUCACAUAAGACACGGGGAUAUAUUAAAAGCAGACUACCUUAUUUUGUAAUAUAUCUCAGUGUUCCCUAGUAUAGUAUCUACUGGUUUACUAACUGUAAUAAGUAAUGAAACUAUUAUGUGUCGUAUUACUUCCCAUGUCUUACCUGAAUUUUAGUUUUCUCCAGCUGCUUACAGCUGAACAAAUUCCUCUGCUGUCAUACCCAGCAUAAAUACAUAGACAUAACUUCUAUUCAUUCAUUAAGCUGUUAAUUUCUCUUCCUUUUGAUAAGCAGAAAACAAUGUAUUCAAAGGCAUCAGGGCAUGUGUUGCAUAUAUAUUCUAUGAACUGUAGAUCAGCCUCUGUAAUUCUUAAUUCUGCUUCGUUUCAUUUUCUACGGUGAUCGAUUUACAAACGUGGACUUUAUUUUGUGUACACAUAUGUAACUGAGUAUACCAGUUGAGGAAAAAACUAGACGCGGAAACACUUCGCAAAAUAGCUACUUUAUAAAUCAAAUACGUUUGUAAAAUCCUUAUAAGUAGAAAAUAAGUUUCUGACGUUUCAGAACUUCGUGGAAAUCGCUUCUCCAGAGAAUAAAACCUGUACAAGUUACCGACUGUUUAAAUGGUAAAUGGUGACGAAUCAGAUCUGGUUCGUUACCAUUUACUAAAGUGACGGUUUAAUUCCUUGCAAACUGUAAAUCAUUUGCUGUCAAAAAUAAGACAUAAAAAUAUGUUGAAUAACUCUACUUAAUAACUAUGAAUUACAAUCGAGUUGUUUUGUAACAUUUUUAUGCUCAUUUGCAUGUUUAGAUCGUUGUUUGUGCAUAACUUGUAUACUUUUCCGACUCACUUGCCGCUUAUCUCAUACAUCUUUGUCGUGUUGACCAGAUACUUGGAUUCUUUUUUUCAGAGGAAUAUCUUAAAAAUGAAGAUACGCAUUUUCGCCGUUUACCUAUCUUGUUUGUUGGUCAUCAUGUUAUCUUAUUACAUUCAUAUAACAUCUUGUCCUCCUUAUGGUAAGUUCAGUAGAGUAUAGCUAAACUAGUUUCUACUGUACGGCAAAAUAAAUACCUUUCAGCAUUUGUUUUGCUGUUCUUAUGAAGUCAAUACCGAUAAAACGUCUAAGAGCCAACAUCGGAGAACAUCUAAUAAUUAUUCUCAUCCUGAGUUACAAAUCUUCUCUACUGUCAUUUGUAAAUUGGUUAUGAGGAUUCUGAUUCUACACCAAGAAGCAUAUGAGUAGAUAACCGAUGUAGUUACCUUGUCCUGUUUGAUGAGUGCUAACAACGCAUGAAACCUAGGUCCAGGUCUUUCUGCUGAUUAACUCCCACCAUCUAACACACCAGUAAGUACUAUCAUUUCAAGCUGCGACAAGAACGGUUUCAAAGGAGGAAAAAUAUGGAGUAUCUUAUAGUUCACUUGUCAUUGAACUACAGUUUUUGGUGGCUAACAGUCACCAGAUGAGCUGAUGCUCGUUCAUUUGCUAGACCUCUUAGUUAACUAGAUAACUAUUAACCAGUGGGUCACGGAUUUAAACCUCGCCUCAUCUACCGAGCUUUGAGCAGCCAGGUAGUAUCACUAGCCUUCACAUAAUAGGUGUGGCUCAUUGUCUAGAGCACGGAUGUGCACAAGGUGGUUGAAUACCUUUUAUUUUUUUAAUUGUUAACUAAGUUUUGAGAGUGGCCCACAAGCGAUGCAUGAAUUACGGAAUUUCGUCAGUUUGACUGCACAAAAAAUCUAACCAAGGAUGCGAAAUUCCAUCUAACCAGUUGCGGAGUCUUGACUCACUAUGGUACGUACUAGGUUGAAAUAAUUUGAAAUGCAAUCGAAAAAGUUGGACUUACAAAUGUUACUGCCUGCUUCUUUGAAAACUAAUAUGCAUCCAAAGAAUACCACUGACUAUUCAUUGAUUAAUUGGUCAUAAUACAUACACAUAGCAGGUGAAUAGCCGUCAUAACGGCAAACCUUUUCAUGUUAUGCGUGUUCAAAUGUAUCCUAUUGACGUUCAACCCAAAUGCGUGGGGACACGACAUUAGUGAAAGUCAACCUCUUAAUGACUUCCUAUUAAAUAUUCAUUAUUAGAUAAUAUCUAUGUGCAUUGUUUUACUUUGCAUCUUUCGUUUACACUUGGUAAGACCACUCUUAAUUCGAAAAAGUUAGUUGUCGUAUCAUAACUAAGCUUUUUGACCUCUGCAACCGAAGUUUUUACAUGUAUUUUAAUUGAGGCGUUACUUUAUACGUAGGGUGGACUCAUGAUAUUGCUUCUGCUGACGAUUUUUUUAAAUUUUGGUUUUUCUAGUUUACACUGUGUUCGCUGUGUUUGAAUAUGUUGCGAUUUUUUCGAACGUUGCCUAUCACUAUACAGCUGCACUUAUUUACGAAGACAUAUCAAUUGGGAAAAUGAUUGGUUACUUCAGCACGGGUCGCACUAUUCCAUUCGUGGAUGUGAAGUCAGGAUUACCAAUGUAUAAAUAAACAAACAUAUACUUUAUAAUAAUCAUUCUUUUUUCAAAUAAACGCUGUUUACUUGGUUGCGCCAAUCCUA